UUGGAACUGUUCGAACUAAUGAAAUUGUGCUUUUUCGGGACGAAGUAGCGUAACCCUGGUUGGAAAUGAGUCAAGUAUUAGGCAACCCUGGCCAUUAUUUUGACAGAAAAUUGUCAAAAAUCCGUAUCAUCAUCUUAACAAAAUGGAUCCAAUGGAGAUGGAUGAGCAGCAAAUGGCUCAGGUGGAAAUUGGAGACGAUGUCUUCAAGAUGCCAUUGCCGCCAUUGCCACCUCCAGAGGUGAAGAGUAAAUCCCAUUCUCAAUUGCCUGGCUACUUGUUGAUGUAUCAACUCCCAGGACACAAUCGAGCUGUGACAUCGGUGAAGUUCAGUGCAAGUGGCAACUUCAUGGCCAGUGCCUCAUCCGAUAGUAGCCUCAAGAUAUGGGACAUGCAUGCGGUCAAUUGUAAUCUGACUCUAACUGGACAUCUGAUGGGCAUCAACGAUGUGGCCUGGUCACCCGAAUCUGGAGGAUCUCAUAUAUUGGGCAGCUGCAGUGAUGAUCAGACCAUACGUCUGUGGGAUUCCCGGAAUGGCCAGUGUUUCCGAACGUUGCAUAAGCAUAAGGCCUUCGUCUUUGCCUGCCGUUUCCAUCCGCAGGGCAAUUUAAUGGCUUCCAGCAGUUUCGAUGAGUCCGUAUGCCUGUGGGAUUUGCGCCAGGGCAAAUGCUUGAAGAGUGUUUCCGCCCACUGGGAUCCCAUUACAUCGGUGGACUUCAAUUGUGAUGGCAGUCUAUUUGUGACCAGCAGCUUUGAUGGACUCGUACGCAUCUGGGAUACCAGUAAUGCCCAAGUCGUCAAGUCUCUCAUCGAUGAUGAUAAUACACCCGUGGGUUAUGUGAAAUUUUCACCCAAUGGCAAAUAUAUCCUAGCCUCGACCUUGAAUAACACCUUGAAAUUGUGGAAUUUUCAAAAACCAAAAUGUCUACGCAUCUAUCAGGGUCACAAGAACGAAAUGUAUUGCCUCUCAUCGAAUUUCUCCGUGACUUCCGGCAUGUGGGUUGUAUCGGGUAGUGAGGAUAAGUCCAUAUGCAUAUGGAAUUUACAGACCAAAGAGUUAGUACAAAAGCUAAAUACGCUCGAUGAUAUGGUACUAUGUACAGAUUGUCAUCCCAAGGCCAAUAUGAUUGUCUCGGGAGCCCUGCAGAAUUCUCAUGGCAUCAAGAUCUGGCGGAGUAGUGAGUAAUAAAUUAUUGAGAAUAACAAUUAAAUAUUAAUAAACAAACAAAC